AUGUCUUGGGUACACCUGGUUUUGUUCACCGGUUUACUAAGCCUUGUAAUUGCCUCGUCUUCUUCUCCGGUCUCCCGCUCGAUUCUCCGGGAUAUCAGCGGUGGUGGCAACGCCGAUCAGGAAGAUAAAGCUGUUGAAUUGAACAGUACCAACUUCGAUUCAGUCCUUCACAACACCCCCGCCAAGUACGCCGUCGUCGAGUUCUUCGCUCACUGGUGUCCUGCCUGCAGAAACUACAAGCCUCAAUAUGAGAAGGUAGCGAGGCUCUUCAAUGGACCAGACGCGAUACAUCCCGGACUCGUUUUGAUGACGAGAGUUGAUUGUGCAAUGAAGACGAAUACCAAGCUCUGUGACAAGUUCGACAUUACUCAUUAUCCAAUGCUCUUUUGGGGUCCUCCUUCAAAAUUUGUCGAACCGAAAAAGAACAAAAGCGAUAUACUUGUUAUUGAUGACGGCCGCACAGCUGAGCGUUUGCUUAACUGGAUUAACAAGCAGAUUGGCAGUGCUUAUGGAUUGGAUGAUAAGAAUUUCGAAAACGAACAUGUUGUGUCAAAUAUGACCGACUACGAACAGAUUUCUCAGGCUGUAUAUGACAUUGAGGAAGCAACCGCAGAAGCUUUUGAUAUCAUUUUAACACAAAAGGCCAUUAAAUCAUCUGAAACAAGUGCUUCAUUUGUUAGAUUUAUCCAGCUUCUUGCAGCCCAUCAUCUUUCCAGGAGGUGUCGGAAGGGAGCUGCAGAAAUUCUAGUGAACUAUGAUGACUUGUGCCCUUCUGGAAAAUGCUCUUACGAAGUCUCUGGAGGGAAGGAUUCACUGGGAAAUUUCCCUAUUUGCGGAAAGGACGUUCCACGUGGAUACUACAUGUUUUGCCGUGGUAGCAAGAACGAUACUCGCGGAUUCAGCUGCGGAUUAUGGGUUCUGUUUCAUUCACUUUCCGUGAGGAUUGAGGAUGGAGAAAGCCAGUUUGCAUUCACUGCAAUAUGUGAUUUUGUCAACAACUUCUUCAUGUGUGAUGAGUGUCGCCUGCAUUUCAAUGACAUGUGCUUGAGCGUGAAAACUCCUUUCAAAAAGGCACGUGACUUCGUCUUGUGGCUGUGGAGCACGCACAACAAGGUCAACGAGAGACUCAUGAAAGAUGAAGCUUCUCUCAGUACCGGUGACCCCAAGUUCCCAAAGAUCAUAUGGCCACCAAAGGAUCUUUGCACGUCGUGCUAUCUCUCGAGCGACCAGAAAAGCAUAGAGUGGGACCACGACCAGGUUUACAAGUUCUUGAAGAACUACUAUGGCCCCAAGCUCGUCUCCCUUUACAAGGAAAAGAGUGUCAUCGGGAGCAAGGAAGAGACCAACAUCUCAGCCACUGAAGACUUGACAGUAGCCACCAACGCUCUUGUUGUUCCGAUUGGAGCUGCUUUGGCAAUAGCCGUCGCCAGCUGCGCAUUUGGGGCGCUUGCUUGUUACUGGAGGACGCAGCAGAAGAACCGCAAGCCGAGGAGAAGCUGGAACUGA